GCAAGCUAAAUCCUCCCAAGUCCUUCAGAUUCACAAGUGAAUAGUGAGAGAAACAAGAGCAAGAUGAACAGGAUUUUGCUGUUGGUGGCCUUUGCGGCCGGCCUUGUGGCUGCUGGAAGGAUAACGAUGAAUCCUGAUCGGGUUCAGGGUAUUGAUCGCAUGUCCCUGGAGGACCUGCAGCGCCAGAAGUUCAUCCUGGACAUCGUGCAGAACAUUCGCCAGCCAUUGCAGCAAAACGAUCUCAUCCAACUGGAUCAGGGUCUGAUUGUGGACAGCCAGCGUUAUCGCGGCGGCAUUGAUGGGGAGAUGCAGCGCGUCAUCGACUUGGAUCGCCAGCGUCGCCUCCUGGACGAGCACCAGGUGUACUCGGUGGGUCGCUUGGAGGAUGUGCAGCAGUUGCGUGGCAUCUACCGCCUGCUGGUCCGCUCGCUGGACUUCGACACCCUGCGGCGAAAUGUGGUCUAUCUGCGCCGCAACAUCAAUCCCGUCCUGCUGGUCAACGCCUUGGCUUUGGCCAUUCGCGAUCGUGAGGACACCCGCUCCCUGAUUGUGCCCGCCGUCCAGGAGCUGCUGCCCGAAUUGUAUCUGGAUGAGGAUGUGAUCGAGCAGGUGCGCGGCAUCCAAAGGGAGCAAACCCAGCGACCCUCGCUCAUCGACAUUGUGGGUCUGCGCCAGCGGGGUAUCAAUCCUGUGCUGAACAUCCUGAUGCCCUGGCGGGAGAUUCACAUGCAGAUGGCUCUGAUGAGGCAGCAGCAGAAGAACCGCCAAAAUGUUGUGGGCCAGAAGCGCUUGGUCAUCCGUGCCGAGAACCAGGGACAGAUUGAUGGUACCUCUCUGCUAACGGACGACAUUGCCCUGCGCAACUUUGUCCAAAAUCUCAUCCAGGAAUUGGCCAUGCAGGAGGAUGUUAACCAGGAACGUGACCAACUGAUCAACAGGGAGCAGGAGCAGCAAUGGAUCAAUGGCGGUGAUCGUGAUCAGUCCCAAUGGAACAUCAGGGAGAGGGAACUGGGUCAGGAUUCGGACACUGGACGCCUUCUGCGCGUAAACCGUCGUCGCCUCAUGGAGCAGAACCAGGAUCAGGAUCAGGGUCGGAACAUCUAUGGCAGCCAGAGGGAGCGUUUCCAGCGAGUCCUCCGCCGCGAUGACGACAACGACAACGACGAUGAUGACGACAAUGACGAUAUUCGCAUGGGUCGUGUGCCCCUGCAGCGUGGAAUCAGCCAGGGAGGCCUCCGCAUCGGAGGAGUUCGUGACCUGCCCACCGUGAAUGUGAACAGUGACCGGCUGCUCCACGUGAGCCGUCGUCGCCUGAACGCCAUCCAACAAGAACAGGAUCAGCUUUCCGGACGCCAGCGUUUAAUGGGUUUGAUGAGGGGAGAUCGCUUGAGUGAGGGUCGUCGGGUUGGCCAGCUGGAUGAGGUGCGUCAGAACGACUGGCAAAUGAAGCGUCAACGUCAGAACUUGGACCAGGAUGAGGAGCAGGAGCAGCAGGGCCAGAUCCAGAGGCAAGGACGUCGCUUGGGAGUGCAACAGGAUCGUCAGAGCAUUGCCGAUCAGCUGGAGAGUGUGGACCGCGACGAUGAGCGUUUGGUGCACAUUAACCGACGUCGCCUGAAUCAGGACAUCCAGGAGCAACAGCAACAGCAGCAGCAGCAGAAGCAGAGGAAUAUGCCCCGCAGAAUCGACUCCAUUGGCGAGGGUCGCCGUGUCCUGGGAGAUCGUCCCAUCCAGGAUGAGGACAUUCUGAAGCUUAUCCGCAGCGAACACCGCCUGCAGUUGAUGAGCGACGACGAGAUCCUUGAGAUGCUCCAAAGGAACCGCCAGCAGCGUCUGGAGAGGAAGCAAAACGACGAUGAUGACGAUGACAACGAUGAUGAUGACGAUGAUAAUGUUCAGCGCCGCCAGGGAGUGCGAAGCCGUCGCAGCCUGCCCAAUCUCCGCCAGCAGAACAACAACCGCCGCAGCGAGAUCCUCCUGCACACCCUCCGCCAGCUGGUGGCCCGUCUCAACCAGGAGAGCAUCUCCCAGGGCCAGGUGAUCGAGCAGCAGCAACAGCAGCAGCAGUGGAUCAACAAUCCCCGCCUGUCGCAGAACGAGAGAUACGCCCUCCGGAUGAACCAAAUCCGCAUCGAUUCCCAGCGCAACCGUGAAGUUCUCGGGCAGAUCGGCCAGAUUGAGCAGCGUCUGCAGCAGGUUAUUGGCCAGGUGCUGAACCAGGUGAAUGUCAACUCGCUGCUUGGCCAGAUGGAGGAGCAACGCCAGGUGGAGUCCCUGAUCGCCGAUGUCCUGCUGGGUCGCCUCGGCCAGGUGGGCAUUCUGAACAUCAUCCGCCAGGUGGUCGAGGACAACAAUGUCCAGCAGAUCGAUCGCACUGGCCUGGGCAUCCGCCUCAGCGAUCCCGUGGUGCAGCACACUCUCCGCGGGAUUGUGAGGAUCGUGGACCAGCAACGCGAGCUAAUCCUUGGAGCCUACCGCCAGGAGCAGCUGCAGAUGCGUGGUGUUUCCAUCAACGAUGUGCGCGUGGACAAGCUGCGCACUCGCAUCGAGGAGAACGACUUGGACCUCAGCAAUCUGGUCGAGCAGCAGCAGGACCAGGGAGUCCAGCAGGAGAUUGUGGGUCGCCAGCGACGCCUCAACAACAAGGCCUUCACCAUUGACAUGGACAUCACCUCGGACCAGGAUCAGGAUGCCAUAAUCCGCGUGUUCCUGGGACCUGCAGAGAAUCAGCAGGGUCGACAGGGCGUCUCCCUCGACGAGCGCCGCCGUGACUUUGUCCUUCUGGAUGCCAUCAAUGUGCAGCUGCAGUCGGGACGCAAUCGCGUCCAGCAGCGCUCCGUCGACAUCCCCUGGACCAGUAACGAUGUGACGCCCCUGGGAGAGAUCUACCGCCGGGUGAUGCUGCAGUUGAAGGGCCAGCAGGAACAACAGGUUGUGGGCAUCCAGGAGUUGGUCGGCGAGAACGGACGCUUCCCCCAGCAUUUGCUGCUCCCUCGUGGAAGACCCGAGGGCCUGCCCAUGCAGCUCCUGGUUGUGGUUUCUCCCCUGGUGGAGCAACAGCAGCGCGACAUCGUGCCCGACAUCAGCAUUGGCAUCGGUUCCGCCUCCCUGCGGGACGUCCGUCCCCUGGGUUAUCCCCUGGAUCGUCCCAUCCGCAACGAGCAGGAGCUGCUCCAGCUCUCCAACGUACUUCUCCAGGAUGUGGUCAUCAUCCAGGACAACUAA